UAACCGGAAACCAACAACAAACGGAUUAUAUAGGGAUUAUACUUCACAGUAUCCACUUUAUUUAUAAAAUUCUAAAAAUGGUUUCAUAUGGUAAACUUUUUUAUUUUAUCACUUUUAUUUUACUUAUUGAGCUCGUGCUGUGCCGAGCAAAGCCAUCUGAAGAUGUCAAUUCAGUAUCGAAAUUAACAGGCUACGAAAUGAUGGAAACAGCAGAAUCACAAAAUCCUUUUCUUCCUCGAUUCGCGAUGAAAGCAUUAAAGGAAAGGAGGGAAAAGGCGAGAGCAGAAAGAAGAAAUUAUCAAGCUCAAAGAAGAUAUCAAGCGAAUCGAAGUCAAGUCAGGUGUUAGUUGAACGUAAUAUAAAAUGAAUAAUCACAUAGUUUUGUUGUUAGCGAUAGGGUUAAGCAUUGCCGAUGCAACCUCUGUAUUAAAAGAAAUAGUGAACGAAAAAUCGUUACAAGCUGAAACUAAUGAGUCAAUAACUAGAGACGAGACAUCAUCUAACAUUAGUGAAAAUGAACAAAAUGGCAAUGAAUUCAGUGUUAUUACUGACGAAAGUGAUAAGUACCAAACAAAUUACGAAGAACCAUUGGAUAUAUUUAUGGAAAAUUUGGAAAAUCCAACUAAGGAAGUCUUUUUAGAAGAAUCAGUAAGUUUUGAUGAAUUUAACUCGCAAGAUCCAAGUGAUGCUCAUUUUGACGAAAUAGUUCCAGUAACAGACAGUGAUUAUAGUUACAAUGAUAUUAUUAAUAGAGAUCCGAAUGAAAUUAUGGACACGGCCGCUGGUUUUGUGCCUAUUCCUAUUUUUAAAAGAAGACAAAAGCCGCGUAAGCAAGUUGCUGCUAGAAGACGUUUCAGGAAGCCCUAUCCUUACAGGAGACUAUACUAUUAUUAUCCAUAUUACAGUUAUUACCGCCCAAGCUCUCUAAGGUUUUAUUAUUAACUGUAUAAUGACAAUGUAGUUUAGACGUUAUAUUAAGGGUAUUUAUUAAAUAUAUUAUAAAAA